UGGGCGGAAAGAAGAAAUUCAUCCUGAGUGCGAUAGAACACCAACACAACCCGAGAAAGUCUUACCGUGACACUCAAGCUCUGUGUUCUCUAACGCGGUCAACGUCGACUGCAGCAAUUGUAAAUAUCCUGCCGUACAAUGCCAAAUUUACCAUUCCUCGCGACCAUUCAAUCCGAUCCUCUCUCUGGACUUCUGAGUGAUCCAUCUGAUACCGAUUACCGCAGGCAACGCCUGCAACAAAUUGGUAGCUAUCCGAGUCCGACACCCAUAGCACAAAAUCAAGCAGACGAUGAGACGACUGCGUUAUGUGCAGUCCCCAGCGGCACCGGUUACGGAACAUUGCCCAUCGUUCGCCCGCGUCGCGCACGUACCCAAACCAGUCUUUGGGUCGCUCCUCGCCGACCUACUCUCCCAAGCCUUCCUAUAACGCGAAGUGGGACUAUUUCUGUUCCCGACUCUCCAUCGGCCUUCUCGACAACAUUUACACAAAGUAUACACCACAGGCGGAUUUCCCAGCAUCGGUCCAUAUCUGUCUACGAUGCCCAGCUCGUAAAUGCAAAUGCCGAUGCUACGGAAACUGAAAUCGACGUUCGAACCAACGGAUUCCGCGUAUGGUACUCCUCGUUCACCUCAAUUGACUGGCUUCACGAUUCGAUUAAAGAUUCGGUCCGCUUUGCCCGGCUCCGGCGCGGCAAGUCCAUCCGUUCCAGAGUCCGACUUGUGUUCGACAAGAGCCUUGGAUGGAUCAUCGUCACGGUCGUCGGGGUCCUCACUGCCGUGGUUGCAUUUCUUGUCGUCCGUGCAGAACAAUGGCUGUUUGAUGUGAAACAAGGCUACUGUAAGACCGCAUUGUGGCAUGCACGGCAUUUUUGCUGUCCUCUGCCCGAUGAGUACGGGUCUUUGGAUGACCAUUGUCCCGCUUGGAGGACUUGGUCAGAUGUCUUUGCGUCAUGGACGGGCAGCGGAUUGGGAGGUGAAGACAGUGUUGUGCAGUAUCUUGCGUAUACCGUCAUUGCGAUUGUAUUGGCCAGUACUUCGUCGCUCCUCACAAUCAAUCUCACGGCGUCGACGUCCUUCGUCACUCGUAAAGAAUCCGGAGUUCUGUCUCCGGAUUUUAACAAGAGUGGUGAACAAAACCCUCCGAGCUCUUCGCAGCCCAAGCGUGGUGUGAUCUACUAUGCUGCAGGGAGUGGAAUUCCGGAAAUCAAGACGAUUUUAUCUGGCUUCGUCAUUCAUGGUUAUCUCGGUGGGCGUGUGCUAUUUAUUAAAGCGCUUGGACUGGCUUUGUCAGUUAGCUCAGGAUUGUCUCUUGGCAAGGAGGGACCUUUUGUCCACAUUGCGAGUUGCAUAGGCAACAUCGUCAGUCGUUAUCAUACCAAGUAUGAAAAUAACGAAGCCAAACGUCGUGAGAUACUUAGUGCAGCAUGCGCAGCAGGUGUCGCUGUUGCAUUUGGGGCACCCAUUGGUGGGACCCUGUUUAGCUUGGAAGAAGUCUCUUACUUCUUCCCGCCAAAGGUUAUGUGGAGAAGCUUUUUCUGCGCGAUGAUAGCGGCCGUGACCCUUCGGUUCCUUAAUCCUUUCGGAACUGGUAAAGUCGUAUUAUUCCAAGUCACUUAUGACAAGGAUUGGCAUGCAUACGAGCUGAUAUUUUUCAUCAUACUUGGAGUUCUUGGAGGAGUAUACGGCGCGUAUUUUUCCAAGCUGAACUACCGCUGGAGUCGUGACGUUCGUGGCGGAACAUGGUUAAAGGCGCAUCCAGUUGCAGAAGUCAUCCUUGUGACCCUCGUAACCACCGUUUUGUGCCUUUCAAGUCCCUAUGCGCGCAUGGGGGGCACAGAUCUUGUUUAUAAUCUCUUCUCAGAAUGUCGCACAGGUAGUAAAAACACACAUUUCAAUUUGUGUGUCCUGGAUCCAAGUAAUUUCGACCAUGUUUGGUCUGUUGUGCGAGCAAUCCUUGUUGCCAUGAUAGUCAAGGGUUUCCUGACCAUAAUUACAUUUGGCAUCAAAUUGCCGGCUGGGAUUUUUGUACCCACCCUCGGAGUAGGUGCAUGUGCUGGACGGAUUGUUGGCAUUGCUGUGCAAUGGCUUCAGUACCAUUACCCGAACAGCAUUGUGUUUGAUGUAUGCGAAGGUGACAUGGAUUGUGUCGUGCCUGGCCUUUAUGCAAUGGUGGGAGCUGCAGCGGCCUUGUCUGGCGUCACUAGAACGACAGUGUCAUUAUCGGUCAUCAUGUUCGAGCUGACCGAUACCCUCACGUAUGCCGUUCCUGUCAUGCUGUCUGUUCUCGUUGCCAAGACUGUAGCCGAUGCCCUGGAACCUAAGGGAAUUUAUGACCUGGUCAUUGAGCUAUCUCAACUUCCGUACCUAGAUGCUAAACACGAAUACUUAUGGUCUAAUCUGUCCAUCAAGGAAGUGACCGAUCGAGAUGUGGAUGUGAUCAGGGUUGACCGACACAAUACCGUUGAAAGUCUUCGGGACCAAUUGCAAUCACUUCUGAAUGCUGAGCAUGAUGAUGGUGGUUUCCCUAUUCUCAGGCCAGGUCGCGACGAAGAUGGUCUGCGCAUGGUUGGCUACAUUGGCGCUAGCGAACUAGAGCAUGCUCUCGCCGUCGUAGCGGAGAGAGCAACCCAGGAGGUUCGCUUCCAUACUACCUAUUCGGAUGAGGCUUCAUAUUCGACCUGGGUGGAAGAGCCAGGGCAGAGUGAAGACGAUCCAUUCGACUUCAGCGUAUACAUGGACCAGGCGCCAUUGAUGAUUCAGUCCAACUCGCCUUUGGAGCUCCUUCACCAAUUCUUCGUGAAGCUUGGUGCACGUUAUGUUAUAGUGACGGACACUGAUGGUGACUAUGAAGGUAUAAUCGACAAGAAGACAUGGCUAGCAUUUCUCAGCGAAUUGGAGGAAAGAUCAUGAUAAACCUGCGACCUGCGGCCACAUUAAUCGGUUUGCUAGCUAAUGGACGUGAUCAAUAGACACUGACACACUAUGGAAUUAUUCUGUGGAUACUGGUUGGAUACCCAAAUCCGAAGUACGAAGUACACAAUACUGACACAGACAAUAUACUCUGCUGUAAUGUUUAUGAUUAUUGACCUUAAGUUAUCGCAACUACAGUACCAGUACUACUUACUUUACUACGCAAUAUACUAUACCUUAUGACCACUC